UAAUUUUCGGACUAUUUAAUUUCGGCUUUAUGUCACUUCCCUUCCCUGUCUUUGACAGUGAACAACAGUAACAGAAAGCUGCAGAUUGCGAUUGUCGGUUAAAGGGGGAACGAAGUGGCUGAUAGUUUUUGAGGUUAACUGUGUUGUUCAUUUACAUUUAUUUAGUUGCGUUGCCUGUAAUUUUAUCAAGAGCGGCUGAGUGUUUGGUUAGAAUUGAAGAAUGGCUCCUCUAGCUGCCCAAAAAGUUGCUCCCGUCCCUGAGGGUGCCGAUCAACCUGAUGGUAUUAAAGCUGUUCUAUUGGGACCACCUGGAUCAGGAAAGGGUACUAUGGCUCCCAAGUUGAAAGAAAAGUAUUGUGUUUGUCACCUGUCAACUGGUGACAUGCUUCGUGCUGAAAUUCAAUCAGGAUCAAUCCUAGGCAGUAAAUUAAAAAAAAUUAUGGAUGAAGGAAAACUGGUAAGUGAUGAUUUAGUUGUUAAUAUGAUCGACAAGAACCUGGAUAAGCAAGAAUGUAAAAAUGGAUUUCUACUCGAUGGUUUUCCGAGAACAGUCGUGCAAGCAGAAAAGUUAGAUGAUCUAUUGGAAAAGCGCAAUACUCAACUAGAUGCAGUGGUAGAAUUUGGUAUAGAUGAUAAUUUGCUUGUUAGACGUAUAACUGGCCGCUUAAUCCAUCCAGCUAGUGGUAGAUCUUAUCAUGAGGAAUUUGCUCCACCAAAAAAAACAAUGACUGACGAUAUAACUGGGGAACCUUUAAUCAAACGGUCUGACGAUAACGUGGACGCUUUGAAAAAACGUUUAAAUGCAUAUCAUACCCAGACUAAGCCUUUAGUUGACUAUUAUCAAAUAAGGGGUAUUCAUUACCGCAUUGAUGCGUCAAAGCCUAUUGCUGACGUGUUUAAAAGUAUCGAUUCCAUUUUCUUAAAAGAAAAAAGAGCAUCUGCAUCCCCCAGACUGUGAAUAUGAAGUCUGACAACUGUCCUUUGUUCAUUGCAUUCUUUUUAAUAGAAUUUUCCAUCCAUAGUGGUUAUGUGUAAAGUUGUAUGGUGUUUAUUUUUACUUGAAUGUGCAGUACAUUAUCAGGAUCAAUUUUCAAAAUGUUAACAUGGCACAGUUGUAUUGUUUUAAUAAAUAAAGGUUUAUAAAAUUGUUUAAAUUA